AUAUGAUGACACUUCCUAGCUGCUUCCUACUUUGUUCUUUGCAUUCUCAGUUGUUAUAUUAUAUAUGAUUCUAUUGUUCUAUAAUCUUUUCACCUUUGAGUUUUCCCUCUUUUACUCCGCUGAAUGUUUUCUCUGAUUUUGUUUCAAUUCUGGGUUUACUUUGUCCUUGUUUUGGGUUUUUCUGAUUCCUUCGAAAAUGGGUUGUUCAUCAUCUUCCAAAGAUGUUUCUAAAGUUUGUAGCUUUAAAUGUCGGUUCUGCAUAAUUUGUUGCUUAUCACACAACUUAUGACUACUUGAGCUUGUCAAGAACCUAGCAAAGAGCCAUAGAGGUAAGAGGGUAAGAGCAAGUUUGAGCCUUCGGGAUUUCAUGUCGAAUGCAAUGUACUAUCAGCCUGUACAAAAGGCGGAGACCUAUUGUCUGCCUCAAAUUCAGAAUUUAGACCACCAGCCGAGCUUUACUAACAAUGGAGGUAAUCACGCCAUUCAUCCUCAUUGUGUCAGUUAUUACACCGAGUUUUCCUUGAUGAGUUGGGCUCACGGCCUUCACAACUCAUCGUCAACUGUGAGUUUCUCGCCGAAUGGGAGUUCUGUUUCCCAACAAGAAUCUCACCCGUACCCAUUUGGGGACGAGGUGAGUGAUCUUGAUAUCAAAGACAAGUUAAGGGAAUUGGAAAGCGUAAUGCUUGGACCUGGUUCGGAUAUUGUGGAUAGUUAUGCAAAUGCCUUAGUUUCCCCAGAAAUAGACAGCUGGGAGCAAAUGAUUGUGGCCAUUCCCCGAGGGGACUUGAAACAGCUCCUCGUUGCCUGUGCGAAAGCAGUGUCGGAUAACGAUUUCUCGACAGCGGAAUCGCUAAUGCCCGAGCUAUGCCAAAUGGUAUCUGUGUCGGGGGAGCCAAUUCAGCGGCUAGGAGCAUACAUGUUAGAAGGGCUUGUUGCCCGGUUGGCUGUUAAAUCCCCGAGAUGCAAGAAACCAUCGAGCUUCGAGCUGCUUUCUUCUAUGCAUAUCCUGAACGAGGUUUGCCCUUACUUCAAAUUCGGGUACAUGGCAGCUAAUGGCGCGAUUGCAGAAGCAAUGAAAGACGAGAAAAGAGUUCACAUUAUCGAUUUCCAAAUCGGGCAAGGCAGCCAGUGGGUGACUCUAAUCCAAGCUUUUGCUGCUAGGCCAGGAGGGCCACCCGAGAUUCGAAUAACGGGAAUAGACGAUUCCACAUCGGCUUAUGCCCGCAGGGGAGGACUAAGCAUCGUGGGGAGGAAUCUAUCUAAACUCGCGGAGUCCUUCAAAGUGCCUUUCCAGUUCCACGCUGCCACCAUGCCAGGCUGCACAGUUCUUCAACUCGAAAACCUGGGAAUUCAACCCGGGGAACCACUGGCUGUGAACUUCGCUUUCAUGCUACACCAUACGCCAGAUAAUCACCGGGACCAGCUACUUAGGCUAGUUAAGAGCCAGAACCCCAAGGUAGUUACUCUCGUUGAGCAUGAAUCUCAAUCCAACACUGCUGCUUUCUACCCUCGGUUCCUCGAAGCCUUGGACUAUUACAGCGCGAUGUUUGAGUCUCUGGAUAUGACCCUUCCGAGGAACCACAAACAGCGCAUCAACGUGGAGCAGCAUUGCCUGGCGAGAGAUGUUGUCAACAUAAUAGCGUGCGAGGGAACUGAGAGGGUGAAGAGGCAUGAGCUUCUUGAUAAGUGGAAGUCGCGGUUCAGAAUGGCUGGUUUUAGUCCAUACCCUUUGAGUUCUUUGGUGAAUGGUACAAUCAAAACACUGUUGGAAAACUACUCUGAGGAAUAUAGGCUGGAAGAAAGAGAUGGAGCCCUUUAUCUUGGCUGGAGGAAUAGAGAUUUGGUUGCUUCCUGUGCUUGGAAGUGAGUAGUACUGUUCUCUUUCCAAUGUAAAAUAGCAAAGAAAGAUGGAACCUCUAGUUCUCUCUGUAUUAUCUUUUUACUUCUGUAAUAGCUAAAAGCCAGUCAGUAAUAGUUGGAAUGUUGGGAUUACCAAA